AUGCGGUCAUCUGGUGAUGACACGUGGUGGUCAGGAGUAGCGUGUAGGUCGCUGUCCGUGAUCGGCCGCGGCUUAGGCUUCACUCCCGCGAUUACGUCCCCGUUUGGAGCGGGAGGCCUUAACGUCGACUCCGGGGGAUACGGGAUGGGCACGGGGAUGUCGCACGCCCAGCGGCGGAUGGAAAAGGUGAUCUCGGACCAGCGGGUGAACGCUUGGAGCGCGGUGAACAGCCGCAUGUGGUGGGUGGUGAUGGGAUGUUUUCCGCCGAAGUUAGAGAAGCCGAGCUUGCAAGGGUUAAUGCAUGAUAGUUUUGAAGUCACGGACGCGGUGGCCGACAUGCUGUUGAACUUUCGUGGCUUUGACCCUGUUGCCUUCGCGCCCCGGGGGGCGGGUGGGGAACGGAUCCCCAUCGCAACGCAUUUGAGCCUUAUGGCGGGGGCCUUUAUCACCAUCGCCCGCCGGGGGAUCGUCGACGACCCGAGGUUGGCGGCGGCAGUGAAAGCGCGGGUGGAUCGUGUCGAAGCCUCGUUCCAGGCGGUCAUCGACGACGUGGAGCGGCACACUCGGGAGAAUUACGCGGCCAUUCAAAUGCCGCACAACCGCGACAUCUUCUUGACGUUCAUCGUCAAGGAUAUGGACAGGUACACGCGCGACGUACAGAUGUUCGCGGACGAGAUGCAGCGGCGCUUCGUUCUCCCUCCGCCAUCGGCCGCCCUCCCGCCCGCCCCCCCUCCCGGCUUUCCACAACCUGGCGGCAUAUCUCCGGUCGGGAGGGCUGAUUAAUUCUGCUGUGCAAGGCAGGGCCGGCCGUUCAUCGGCCGCCGCCGCGGGUGCCGGGGGGAAGGGCGGCACGGCCAGGGAACCGGGGCCGUGCUACCAGUUCCAGAAAGACGGUACAUGUCGGUGGGGGAAAGCCUGCAAGUUCGUGCAUGUGGCGCCACGGAAGGCCAGCGGAAAGGGAGGAAAACGGGGGGGCGUUCCUGGCGGCGGGGCCGCGGAUGGUGGCUCCAGAGGUAGCUCUUCCGCCGGCGCGGACACCAACGCUCCUGCCGCCACCGCCCCAGCGAAGCGGGCCAAGGUGGGAGCAGCCGGGGCCAAGACUCGCAGCAGUGCGAAGGGCGGUGCCGCCGACGGCGCCAAGGACGAUGAUGAGGAAUAGGGGCGCGGGCCCUGCCCCCUGGGGGGGGGAGGGCCGUCUUUCGAUGUCGCGGGGGGCGUGGUCUCGGGCUCGAGCACGCACCUCCUACGACCAGGGGCGGCUACUGCGUUGACCCGAGGUCUUGAGCCCGGUCGUCGCCGAUCUUUGUACCGGCGUCUUAGCGGAGAGUACGUCCGCGAGUCAGUUGCGCAGUCGUCUCGAAGAACUUA